AUGACAGUCCUGUCUGCCCGGACGGGGGAAGUACCUGAGAGCGAGGGACCCCGAGGCGGUGGGCGCCAGAUGCGCUCCAACUGCGCGGGCCUCACGCCGGCCCCGCGACGACCGCAGGAAGGAAGCACCUCAGCCGGGCGGCCGCUCUCGGUCCUCCGGCCCCUCCCCGCGUCCGCGUGUCCUCCUCUCCCUCCCCGCCCUCCCGAGGGGCCGGGCCACACCUGCAGAGCGGCCGGAGACACUCCCACCGCAGAGCGCCGCGAACCCCGCGCGGCCGCCGCCUCCUGCCGCCGCGCUCACUUCCGCUUCCGGUCUCUGGGCCGCCGGGAGCGGAAGUGGCUGGGGCUCUCGGGCCCAGAGCGCCCUUACGCGGCGGGAUCACAGCUAGCCCCCAGGGCACUUUCUCCCAGAUCCUGCAAUUGGUCUAGACGGCGCUACAUGACCAAGUCACAUAUCACCCUCUACUGGUCUUUGAGAAACCAGUCACAUCUGCUCCACCAAACUAGUCCUCUCUCCUCCACACUCAUCACCCCACUUGGUAGACAGAAACUCUUCCGUGUCCAGGACCCACCUUCUCAGGGGUUAACCAAAGUUGCAAAUAAGAUUACGAGUCACCAGAGCCAAAUUUCGUUGUUUCAUGUCUCUCCCUUCUCCUUCCCUUCUGUUCCAGGACUCUGCUUUCUGCUGAGCUUGUCUGGAUCUAUAGUUCAGGAGGCCAAAGCUGCCUGUCCUCCGUGCCCCCCAAAUGCAUACUGCUCCCGUGACACUUACUGUACCUGCAAUGCUGGAUAUGCUUCUGGAUCUGGACAGAAAUUAUUCACAUCCCCCUCAGAGACAUGUAAAGAUAUUAAUGAGUGUAAACCACCCUUUAGCAUAUAUUGUGGAGUAAAUGCUGAGUGUCAGAAUGUCGAAGGAAGUUUCUACUGCCACUGUGUCCCGGGAUAUAAACUCCUCUCCGGGGCGGCACAAUUCCAGAAUUCCAACGAGAACACUUGUCAGAAUGUCACCACCUUGAAGACAACCCAAGGCAAGAAAGAGCUGGAACAGAUUGUUGACAAAUUCGAGUCACUUCUCACUAAUAAGACUCUAUGGACAACAGGAAAGACGCAAGAAGUGGCAUCCAUGGUUACAUUUGGCCUCCGAAAGGUGGAAGUAAGUGCUAUCAAAACUGCCUUGGAAGACCCAGAGCAAGAAGUCCAGAAAAUCCAAACAAGUACUAUGGCUAUUGAAACUCGAGUGGUUACGGACAAUUGCUCUGAAGAAAGAAAGAUAUUCAACUUGGGUGCCCAGAUGAACUCAAUGAACAUCCAUUGCAAUGACAUCGUCCAGGGAAAUACACAAGGUCCCAGUGCAGUCACCUUUAUCUCAUACUCCUCUCUUGAAGACAUCAUAAAUGCAAGGUUUUUUGAAGAGAUGGAUAAGAAAGAUAAAGUGUACUUGAACUCCAAGGUCGUGAGUGCUGCCAUUGGACCCAAAAAGAACAUAUCUUUCUCCAAGUCUGUGAUGCUGACUUUCCAGAAUGUGAAGAUGAAUCACCAUAACAAAAAGGCCUUCUGUGUCUACUGGAAGAGCACAGAGCAGGGCGGCCACUGGUCCAGGGAUGGCUGUUCCCUGGUACAAGUGAACAGAAGUCACACCAUAUGCAGCUCCAGUCACUUGUCCAGUUUUGCUGUCCUGAUGGCCUUCACCAACCAGGAGGAGGAUCCUGUGCUGACCAUCAUCACCUAUGUGGGGCUGGGCCUCUCCCUGCUGUGCCUCCUCCUGGCAGCCCUCACCUUCCUCCUGUGCAAAGCUAUCCAGAACACCAGCACCUCGCUGCACCUGCAGCUCUCGCUCUGCCUCUUCCUGGCCCACCUCCUCUUCCUCACGGCAAUCGACAGAACUGAACCCGAGGUGCUGUGCACCACCAUCGCCAGCGCCUUGCAUUUCCUCUACCUGGCCUCCUUCACCUGGAUGCUGCUGGAGGGCCUGCAUCUGUUUCUCGCCGCUCAGAACCUAACGAUGGUCAACUACUCAAGCAGGAACAGACUCAUGAAGAAGUUCAUGUUUCCUGUGGGCUAUGGAGUCCCAGCUGUCAUUGUGGCCAUUUCCGCAGCAUCCAAGCCUCACCUUUAUGGAACCCCAGACCGAUGCUGGCUUGACCUUGACCAGGGAUUCAUCUGGGGUUUCCUUGGCCCAGUCUGUGUCAUUUGCUGUAUGAAUUUAGUAUUUUUUCUCUUGGCCCUUUGGAUUUUGAAAAGAAAGCUUUACUCCCUCAAUAGUGAAGUGUCAACCAUCCAGCACACAAGGAUGCUGACCCUGAAAGCGAUAGCUCAGCUCUUCAUCCUGGGCUGCACGUGGUGUCUGGGCCUCCUGCAGGUGGGCCCGGCUGCCCAGGUCAUGGCCUACCUCUUCACCAUCAUCAACUCCCUGCAGGGCUUCUUCAUCUUCCUGGUCUACUGCCUCCUCAGCCAGCAGGUCCGAAAACAAUACCAAAAUUGGAUUAGGGGGAUCAUGAGAUCAAAAUCUGUGUCUGGGAUAUAUACGCUUUCCAGCAAGUUUGGUCCUGACUCAUAA